GCCGCUGGGGCUGCCUCGCUUCGCGGCUCGCCGAUUCCGCGUCGCUUCGCCUUCCCUGGACCCGGGCGAUGGGGGACGUCAAGGACCCUGGGGCCGAGGGCCCGCCGGCCGCGGCCGCCGCUCGAGGAGGACUCAGCCUGCUGCCGCAGGCGGAGGCCGAGGAACCCUCUGCCCAGGGAUCAGCUUUAUUUCUUGGAGGCAAUGAGGUGAAGAGCCGAGCCGUGGUGAAAUACUCUUCUGCCCCACCGCAAGCAGCGUUUGCGCGCCUGGAAGAGAAAACAGACUUGAAACUCCCACCAGCCAACUGGCUCCGAGAGAGUGCCAAGCUCGGGCCCGCAGGAACCACCAUUCUCGGUCACAGUAAGAAAAGCAAGCCGUUUUCAAGCUUUGGUAUGGCGUAUGACUUCAUUGAUUCGGUGGGAAAUGAUGUGGAUGUUGUCUCAGACUCUGAAAACAUAAAAAAACUCCUGAAGAUCCCUUACAGCAAAUCCCACGUUAGCAUGGCAGUACACCGCAUCGGAAGGACGCUCUUACUGGACGAGCUAGACAUUCAAGAACUCUUCAUGAGGUCAUCUCAGACUGGUGAUUGGACAUGGCUGAAAGAAUUUUAUCAACGACUUAUUGAUCAGAAGUGGCAGAGGAAGAAAAAGAGCAAAGAGCACUGGUAUCAGAAGGCGAUUCUCUCCAAGUUUUUGUAUUACAGCAUCAAUGGUGACGGAGCUGCGCAGCCCGUCCCCUCCACUGCCGACCAGCAGGAACCGUCCAGUUCUGAUCAGACGAGUGACUCCGAAGGCGCUUCAUGGCCGGCCCCCUUUGAAAUGCCAGCUUCCGUGUCCGAGGACCCCAGCGCUUCCAGUCAGGGAAGUGAGCCUCUUGAACCCUCAUACAUAGUGGGGCAUGUGGCCUCAGCACCCAAAGAACAAAACCUGACUACUUUAUUCAAUGACGGGGAGAACAGUCAGGGGCUUAAAAAUGACUUUGUUCGGAACAUCUUAUGGACGUUUGAAGACAUACAUAUGCUAGUUGGUUCCAACAUGCCUAUAUUUGGAGGAGGCAGAUACCCGGCUGUCAGCCUGCGUCUGCGGGACAACAACAAACCAAUCAAUGUGCUCACUGGAAUUGACUAUUGGUUGGACAACUUGAUAUGCAAUGUGCCAGAGCUUGUGAUGUGUUUUCACGUAAAUGGAAUUGUACAGAAGUAUGAGAUGAUAAAGACAGAAGAGAUUCCCAACUUGGAAAAUUCUAAUUUUUCUACUAAAGUCAUAAAAGACAUUGCACAGAACAUUUUAUCAUUUCUGAAAUCCAAUUGCACCAAAGAAGGACACACCUACUGGCUCUUUAAAGCAAGUGGCAGCGACAUUGUGAAGCUCUAUGACCUCACCACUCUGUGCGAGGAGACCGAAGACAAGUACCAGAACCCCUUCACCAUGCCGGUGGCCAUCCUCCUCUACAAGGUUGCCUGCAACAUGAUGAUGAAGAAGAACCAAAACAAGAAACACUAUGGGACUAUUAGAACAUUGCUGCUCAAUUGUGUUAAACUGUUGGACAAAAGCAGACAUCCUCAAAUUAUUGCUUCAGCCAAUUACAUGCUUUCAGAACUUUUUCAGUUGGAUGAACCUAAAAAAGAAGAAAGUUCAGAAUCUCCUUUAAAUGAGAAUUCUGAUGAAAGUUAUAGCGAAGAGGAAGAGGAGAUGCCAGACAGUGAUGAGAAUGGCCCCGACAGCACGAGUUCUGACCCAUCAGAUGAUAACAAAGCAGUAGCUGUGAUUAAGUCUGUUGGCGAAUUGUCAGUUCCAGAAAAGUACAAAUCCAUUCAUCAAAUCAGACCGAGCUGCGCCUUUCCCGCGUGCCACGACACGGAGGAGCGCUGCAGGCUGGUGCUGAGCUACGUGCUGGAGGGCUUAAAGUCUGUGGACAGCAGCAUUGAAAAAGCAAGCGGCCUUCCCGCGGCUGACCCCAGCACUCCCAUCCCCUUAAAAUAUGAAGACGAAUCCGCAGGGGGGGGUCCUGAGGGUCUGGAGAAGCAGAUGGCCUUGUUUUUGGACAAAAUGGGCUCCCUUCAGAAGGGUCAUUACUCCAGCCAGUCGGGAAUGAUCCCUGGUUCUUGGCAACAUAAAAUGAAGCUCCAGCUGAUUCUCAAGUCGUCGAAGGCCUAUUACGUUCUGUCGGACGCCGCCAUGAGUCUGCAGAAGUAUGGGCGAGCGCUGCGCUACAUCAAGCUGGCUUUGCAGAGCCACGACACGUACUGCUGCCUCUGCACUAACAUGCUGUCUGAAGUGCUGCUGUUCCUGUCUCAGUACCUGACACUCUGCGGGGACAUCCAGCUGAUGCUGGCCCAGAACGCCAGCAACCGCGCCGCCCACCUGGAGGAGUUCAAUUACCAGACCAAGGAGGACCAGGAGAUCCUGCACAGCCUGCACCGGGAGUCCAGCUGCCAGGGCUUUGCCUGGGCAACUGACUUGUCCACGGACCUAGAAAGCCAGCUUUCAGUUAGCUGCAAAUGCUACGAGGCUGCGAACGAAAUCUUGCAGUUCAGUGACUUAAAAAGCCAGAAUCCAGAGCACUACAUCCAAGUGUUGAAGAGGAUGGGAAACAUUAGAAAUGAAAUCGGUGUGUUUUACAUGAACCAGGCCGCUGCACUACAGAGUGAGAGAGUCGUGAGCAAAAGUGUGUCUGCUGCAGAGCAACAGUUGUGGAAAAAAAGCUUUUCUUGCUUUGAAAAGGGAAUUCACAACUUUGAGUCAAUUGAGGAUGCAACAAACACUGCUCUCUUGUUGUGUAACACGGGAAGACUCAUGCGGAUCUGUGCCCAGGCUCACUGCGGGGCGGGGGACGAGUUCAAGCGCGAAUUCUCCCCAGAGGAAGGCCUGUACUACAACAAGGCUGUUGAUUACUACUUGAAAGCGCUGAGGUCAUUGGGAACACGCGACAUACACCCAGUGGUGUGGGACUCGGUGAAUUGGGAGCUGUCCACCACCUACUUCACUAUGGCUACGCUGCAGCAGGAUUAUGCUCCGCUCUCUAGAAAAGCUCAGGAACAGAUUGAGAAGGAGGUCAGCGAGGCCAUGAUGAAAUCCCUGAAGCACUGUGAUGUGGACGCGGUGUCGGCACGGCAGCCCCUCUGCCAGUACCGUGCCGCCACCAUCCACCAUCGGCUGGCCUCCAUGUACCACAGCUGCCUGAGGAACCAGGUUGGUGAUGAACACCUCAGGAAGCAGCACCGGCUGCUGGCAGAUCUACAUUACAGCAAAGCUGGGAAGCUUUUUCAGCUUCUGAAAGAUGCUCCAUGCGAACUUCUUAGAGUGCAGUUAGAGAGAGUAGCGUUCGCAGAGUUUCAGAUGACCAGCCAGAAUAGCAAUGUUGGAAAAUUAAAGACACUGUCCGGGGCUCUUGACAUAAUGGUGAGAACCAAGCAAGCAUUCCAGCUCCUGCGGAAGGAGCUUGUAGAAGAAUUUGACCAGCGCAACAGUGAUGAGACCUCUCCAGCUGCCGAGUCUUCUCCGAGCCUUAACCGGGAAGAGGUGAUAAAGCUCCUCAGUAUAUUUGAGUCUCGGCUGUCAUUCCUCCUCCUCCAGUCCAUCAAACUGCUGUCUGCAGCCAAAAAGAAAACAAGCAGCAACAUCGACGAGGAUGUCGUCCUCAGAACCAACAAGCAGAUUUACUCCCAGCUUCUGCGAGCAACAGCUAACAGGAACACCGCUCUGCCGGAGAGGAUCGACGUCCUCGUGCGUCUGCUGGACCUUCUGGCCCUCGGCACCGCCGGGCAGUGACGGGUGGCCGCAGCAGGGACGCUGUCGGUGCCUUCCGCGCUCAGGACUGCUGUGUCCGUCGGUGCUUCGUGUUAUUAAACGUGAGAGGUGUGUCCACUACGCAGGCGCGGCAGUGGGAGCGCAGCCCGUUCUCCUGUGACAGACCAGGGCGGAGCUCUCCGGGCGCUCACUCGAAGUGCUAACAUCAGAGCCAGCAGAGCGCCCAGCAUGGUGUCUGGCGGGAGCACGCGGUGCCCGUGUGCGUAGCCUGCAGCGCCGCUGUCGCGUGGUUUUGAUAAGCUGAGCUACCCGGGUUUGAGACAGCUGCCUGUAUAAAUGUUACUUUGGUCUGCCGCAUGGCCUGCUGGUUCACACGGGUUCAGGAAGCUUCUUGUGCAUCCACCUGGCUCCUCCUGGCUCGCACAGACCCGCUGUCCUUCUGCGCUUGGGACAGGAGCCCCCGAGCGGCCGUGUGGCCUGACUGUACACAGUGGGUCAGGAAUAGGUACUCUCCCCCCUCCUUUUCAUUUUAAACUUGAAACUGUGAAUAAGGCAAGAAAACUAUUUUGA